AUGAUCGCAAUGCUGGCGCUGACGCUUGGCUUUGUGCUGCAGGCCAGCAUGGCUAAUGUCAGUGAGUGCUUGGUCUCGGAACUCGCUCUCCGUCGUCUCCUCACUGAAGUUGCAGGUGACAUGCUCGACGUUCUUGUCGAGGGCGUUGAUGAGGUGGCACGGCGGAAUGGCGCUGCCGAUGGCGUCGCGCUUGUCAACGAGAGCAAGGCCAACGAGUCUCUUCUUGACGAUGGCGUCGUCGCCUUGGAAGACGCAUUCGGCAUGCUCAGCUACUACGCUGCCCUCCUCGAGCGCUACCUUCUCCUCGUCUUUGCCGCAGGCCAGGCCACGCCGGGCGUCCUCGACGUCGCACCCACCGCCGCCCGCUUCCUCGUCGACGAAGUUGCGUCCAAGCACGCCAAGGCUCUCGGCAAGCUUGCGCCGCAGCUCGCAUCUACCCAUCCGGGCUGCCUCUACUACGUCCGGUUCGCGGAAGAGCUCGCCAAGAUCGGAAGCGCGCUCGCCUCAGGCUCGCUCGGCGCCCAGCAGUAUCGCUUGCUCAAGGUCCUCGCCCGCCCCGUCGGUGUGGAGGAGCUGCUCGACGUCUGGGACUCGCCGCAUUAUGGGCUCAACGCCAAGAAGCGAUGGGGCGAAGCGAGCCUCGUCAUCCGCCGGCUCUCCAUCGCGUGCGCAUCCUCGCUCGACGCUCUCCGCGUUGUGCAGGAGAGCCUCUCCAAGGCUGUCCUCGGCUCGCCAUCGCCGUCGUGGAAGUUUGUCUACACCUACGUCCAGCUCCUCGACUACACGGUGGCCCACGCCCGCUCGCCCGCCAUACACUCGAUGGCUCUCCACGGCCUGCACAUUGAGACCUCGACCCGCGUCGGCGUCCUCGACCUCCUGCACUACAAUGCUUUUCGCGUCCCGGCCCGCAACAAUCUCAUCCACUUUGCCGCCGAGCAGAUCAUGCGUUUUCUCGCCGCGCCGCGCCAGGCCGCCCCGGGCACCGCUGCAAACCACUCGGCCCUCAGCGGCUCGGUCCGCGCCGCCGCACACAAGGAGCUCGCUGCUUACCAGUCGCUACUCGGCGGCGACCGCGUGUCAUUUGCGCUCGAGCCCGCCGACGAGUCGACCGCGAUGCCGUCAGCGUCGGUCGAGACCUCGCUGGAUCGCGGCGAGCUUGAGCUCGCCUCGGAGCUUGCCGACGCUCACGUCGAGGCCGCCUCGCUCCGCAAGCAGCUAGCUUUUCUCCAGUCGCAGCUUCGCGCACGCGACGGCCUCUCCGAGCUCGCCGACGACUCGGCGGCCUCGGACGAGGUUCUCCCGCACGAUCUCGAGGCCGCCCACACCCGCAUUGUCGAGCUCAAGCGCCAGCUCGAGGCAGAGCGGCGCGAGCGCGCCGCCCUCGCCGUUCUCAAAAGGGUGGCCACCCAGCAGCUCGCCGAGCAGCAGACCCGGGUCAAAACGCUACUCGCAGCCUCGGCAGGCUCGCUGGGCGACUCAGAAAUGGCAGCAGAGCUUAUGGAGCUUAACGAGGCGCUCUCGCGCGCCCGGACCCGCACCGCGCAGCUCGCCGCCGAAAACGCUGCGCUCUCCGCCGAACUUGCUGCCGCGCACGCCACCAUCGACCGCGUCAACACCGAGGCCACAGCAGCCGCCUCGGUCUCGUCAGCCAUGAUCGCCCACAACGAGACCGCGGAGGCCUCGAUGGUGGUCGUCGAGCACCAGGUCGCCUCGCUUCGCUCCGAGCUUGACUCGGCCCGCUCCGCCCUCGCCGACGCGCUCGGGGCCAAGGAGCACCUCGCCCGUGAGCUCGCUGCAAGCAAGGUGCGCGCCGAAGAGCACGCCCACGAGGCCGCCAUGCUCGCCGCCCAGCUCGAGUCGUCCACCGCCGAGCUUGCCGCCCUCCGGGCAGCCCACGAACCGCUCUCGCCCAACGCCAGCAGCGUGGCCCAGGCGAGCGAGGUUGACCAGGUCGGACUCGACGAUGAGCUUGUCUUUGGCAUUCACGCUGCCGCGAAGCGGCUUGAGCGCGACCUGCUCAACCUCUCAGCCGAAGUCGACGCCCUCACCCCAGUCGCGUCGGCCAUGCCGCAUCUCGCGUCGCGAGUCCAGCCAGGCCUCGACCUGGAGUCCAACGACGAGGUUACAGCCGAGGUCCACACGCUUCUUCGCUCGUCGCUUGAGGUCCUCUCGUCGGUUCGCGUUGGCGUCCGUCUCGCCAACUCGGCCGUUGCCGACGAGAACGAACGACUCAAGGCGCAGCUUGCGUCGCUGCUCGAGUCACGCGAUGUAGCUGCUGAGCAGAGUGCGCAUGCGUCGGCCUUUGCCGGCACCGAAACCAUCGCCAAGCACGCCCUCGCCGCGUUGCAGUACACCUGCAACGCACUGCUCGGGCAGGACUCGGACGCAGCCGUUGUUGCCUCGGAGCUCCUGCCGGGCUUUGCCGACCCGCACAUCUACGCCCCAGCGUCGGCGUCGGACCUCCUUCACGCUGCCGCCGAGGACGAGGCGCUUGGCGACGCGCUCGGACGUAGGCUCGAGCCGGUGCUGCAGCGCGCGCGCGAGAUGGUGCUUGCUGACGCCGCCCCACCCACCGACGAACGCGACGCGCUCCGCGCCGCGUUGGCGAGCGUCACCCGCGACCUGCUGCUUGCUCUGGAGCAGCCGACGGGCGCCGCGAGCACCGACGCGCUCGCGGUCGACGACCUUAUCACCGUCUCGCGCAACGCCGCAGAAAACACGUGCAUGGCACUUGCGGCGGCGUCGGCUGAUGCCACCGCCACCCGCGCCACCCUCGACUCGCACAAAAAGGCCGACGCUCUUGUUCUUCGCCCUGCAGCACGCACCCUUGCCAGCAUGCUGGAAAUGCUUGCCAACGAUGCGAGCACUGACGGCGACAGCGUCGAGCCGCUUCAUGAUGCCGCCGCCGUCCUCCGCGAGCUCGAGGCUAGCUCGGGCUCGCGCGAUCUGCGAAUGGCAUCAACCGUGCUCGACCGCGGGCUGCAGGCCAUGCGCGCUGCUGAGCAGGCGAACCAGACCAAGACCGCGCAAAGGCUGGCUGCGGCUCAGGCCGAGGCUGCGGCUGCGGCUGCGGCUGCGGCUGCUGCGGCUGCGGCCGUAACUGCGGCCGACGAGUCUCAUGAAGCCGAGCCGCCACAAGAGCUCGAGCUGAAGCGGCUCGAAGCUCACCGCGACGUACUCGAGGCCCGGGUGGCCAAGCUCAAGAAGCAGCUCUCGUCAGCGGAAGCUCAGGGCGAGGCGCUGGCCUUUGAGCUCGAGGUGGCACAGGAGACGCUGCAGGAUACCAACAAGGAGUUGGCGGCCGUGGCUGAGGCGCAUGCGGCGUGCCCACCGCAGUUUGCGGCCCUACAGGGUGCACUGGACGAUGCCGAGGCCAACCUUGCCGCCCGGCGCGAGGCUGAGGUCGAGACCAUCCACAAGCUCAAGGCCAACAUGGAGGCAGCCGAGGUUGCGCUCCUGCAGUCACGCGACAUCAUCGAGGACCACGAGGCGACGAUUGCCGAGCUCGAGCAUGAACUCGAGGAUGCCGUGAGCGAGCUGGAGAGCGCGCGUAAGGCGGCAUCCGAGACCGAAGAGCGCGCGUACGCGCUGCAGGUCCGGGUCCUCGAGCAGGGCUCGCAGCUUGCGGCGAGCACGUCCGUCUCGAUCGCCGCCGAGACCGAAGCCAUGGAAGCGCUCCGUGCCGAGGCCGAGGCGGCGUCGGCCGAGGCCAUGGUGGCUGCAGCCGACGCCGAGGCCGCACAGGCCAAGGCCGAGCUUGCCAAGACUGCACUGGCAACCCGCGAGGCCGAGCUCGGCGAGCGCAUUGCCGAGCUUGAGGCAGAGGUGGCAAACCUUACGUCUGAGGUGCAGAACGACGAGGCACAGCUUGACGCGCUCCGAGCAGCCGACGAGCUGCAGCACGUCAUGGGCGACACGCUGCGGCGCGAGACCCAGGCUCAGAUCGCUCAGGUCGAGGCCAAGGCUGAGAAGCACCGGGCGGCGCUCGAGGCCAUGGCUGCCAAGAUUGACGCCGAGUUUGACUCGGAUGACUCGGACCUGCACACCUCGCUUGUCGAGGUCUUUGGCGAACAGUCGCUGGCGGUCUCGCUUCUCGAGGACGACGUCUCGUUGCUCAAAGACGAAGUGGUCGGGCUGGAAGAGCAGUUGCGCCAGUCGCACGCGGCGCUGGCCGACUCCAAUGUGGAGAUCGAAGAGACGCAAAACCAGCUUGAGGAGGCACAUGCUGCGCUGAAAGAGGCGACCAUGGAGCUCAAGGUCCGCGAUCGGCUCGCAGCGGCUGCCGAGGCAAAGGAAGGCGUGCUCGAGGCCAACAUCGAGGCUCUGCGCGCCCGCGAGAGCGACCUUGCCGCUGAGCUGGGGACGCUCUUCUCGGAGCAUGCUGCUCUGCUCGAGGAGCACGAUGUGCUGCUCAGCCGGGCGGCCAUGGCCACGCCGGCGCCGGGCUCGAGCGCCUCGCUGCAGACCGAGCUGGACGCCAAGACCCGUGCGCUUGUCAAGUACCGUGCCGAGCUCGGCGUUGUCGAGUCGUAUCUUGAGGAGGCCGAGGCUGAGCUAGCAUCGGCGCGGCUGGCGUCCAAGUCGGCCGAGCUGGCGAAGCUCGAGGCCGAGCGUGACGCGCUCCGUGCGCGACUUGCUGAGACCGAAAAGGUGCUUGAGCAGACGAGCAGAGAGCAGCCGUUGCCUGCCCAGACCGAACAAGCCUCUGCUGCGGAUGAGGCGCGUCUCAAGCGGAUGCGGCUCAAGCUGGCCGAGACUCGGGUCGACGUUGCCGACGCCGAGGCCGAGCUCGAGGCGCUGCGAUCGCAGAUCGAGGACGCACGGGCCGAGCUCGAGCUUGUGCAGUCUGCCGUCGUCGCCACCCCGGUAACGGAAGCUGUCGAAGAGGCGGCGCCGUUGGAGGCUGCAGUUGCCUCUCCCGAGGCAGAGCUUGAGGCUUCAGCCGAGGCAGUCGCAGUCGCAGACGCAGACGCGGACAAGUCAAGUGCCAAGCAGCGGCGGCGGGAAAAGAAGCUGCGGAGCUCGCUGAGCGACGCCAAGAACGAGCUCAAGAUCCUGCGUGCCAAGCUCGAGGAAGCACGGAGUGUGGCGAGCAAGGCAGUGGAUGCAUCCAACGCCGCAGAAACGGCGACGGCUGACGCAGAGACCAAGGCGGCGGCAGCAACGAGCCACGUCACAGAGCUUCAGAACCAGCUUCACGAGUCGGAGCGGGCGCGGGCAUCGGCGCUCAAGUCGAUUGCCACGUUCCGGGUUGCUCAGCUCACCCUCGAAUCUCAGGCGCUGCAGCUCAUCUCUGAAAAGGAGGACGUCGAGGCGCAGCUGAGCUCGGCGUAUGCCAAGAUCUACACGCUUGCACAGGAGGCAGCGCAGAGUCAGGCCGAACUCAAGGCGGCGAGCGCUGCCGCGGCCGAGGCCGAGCGCGAGGUGGCCCGGCUCCAGACCGAGUUUGCCCAGCUCAAGGCGCGGCACUCGGCACUGGUGGCAGGCUCGGGCGUGGCUCAGGCCGCAGCAACGGCGCAGCUUGCGAGCGUUGAAGCCGAAAAGAGCCAGAUUGAGGCAGCCGAAGCAGCCGGCCAGGCCGAGAUCGAGUCGCUCAAGCACCAGCUGGCUCUGCUAGAGGAGGCAACUACUCAGGGCCCAGCGGCCGCGGCCGAGGCGGUGGCCGAGGCCAAGGCUGUCGCGGCGGCGCACGCCGAUCUGCAGCGGAAGCAGGUCCAGUCGCAGCUCGACCAGGUGCUGCAGACGCUGGCAGACGCGCGCGAAGCAAGCGCCAAGCAGUCGGCCGAAGUGCAGAAGCUGCGCGCCGAAGCCAUCGACCAUGACGAGCAGGUGGCGUCGCUGGUGGACGACUCGCAGCGGAUGCGGGAAAUGCUCGAGCAGCGCCGCGACGAGGCAGUGAGUCGCGAGAAGGAGCUUUUGCGGCAGCUGGAGAACCAGCGCGACGAGCUAGUGCGACUGACGCAGCAGCUUGUGGCGCACCGCGCGGCCGAAGCAGCGCUGCAGCGUGAAGCUGUCACGGCACCGCAGCUAGUGAGCGAAGGCAGGGGCGAAGGCGAGGGUGAGGUCGAAAUCGAGACUGUGGAGUCUGCGAGCAAGAAGCGCCGCCGUCAUCACCGCGGGCACCGGUCGCGGAAGCAGGCAUUGGUCGAGGCUUCGGCCGAGGCCGACUACUCGGACGCAAUGGGGACUGUUGCGUCGCUGCAAGCCGAACUUGUCGAAGCGCAGGCCGCACGUGACGAGGCAGAGGCCACCGAAAAGCAGCUGCGCAGCACCGUGGACCAACUGAGUGAGCAACUCGCGCUGGCGCGGGCUUCGUGUGCCGCGUCAGAGGAGAAGACGCUCCAGCUCAUUGCCGUCUCCGAUUCUGCCGUGCGGACCAUUGAGCGGCUGACGACCGAGCUAGCCGCGGCGCAGAGCGAGGUGGCCACGGCGCAGGCGGCCACGGCGCAGGCGGCAGCAGCUGUUGCACCCAUCGAGGCUACCAGUACCGGCGCGAUAGCUGGUUCUGAACUGGUCGACCAGGUUGUGGAGGCGCGAGCAGCGGCGCUCGCGGCCGAGUCCGAGGUCCGCCGGCUUUCAAGCGAGCUCGCACAGACACGGGAGCGGGCGGCGGCAGCAGCGGCGGCGGCGGCCGAGAGUCAUGGAAGAAUGGAGGCUGAGCUGCACUCGAUCCGCGAGAAGCUUGCCGAGAACGAAGCCGCGUAUGACACGCUGGCAGCGUCGGGUGAUACCGAGCUCGAGAGUGUUCAGGCUCGGCUCCGCGAGGUGCGGACCCGUAACGUGCAGCUCGAGGGCCAGGUGACCGGGCUCGAGGAGCGCAACGGCGAGCUGCAGCGGCAGCUGCAAAUGCAGGCCCAGAUCCAGCUGGCUCGGGCAAGCGGCCAUGACGAUGCUGUCGGUGCGGAUGCCAAGCAGAUCCAGGAGCUUGGCGAGAAGAUUGUGGCGCUGGAGCGGGCUAAGUCCAAGGCCGAGCUCGAGCGCGAGGCGCUGCGGGCCGAGUACGAAGUGCUCAAGGCGCCGCAGUCGAAGCGGAAGCACAAACGGCGGCACCAUCAUCGUCGCACAAGUGCAGCCACUGCUCCUGCCGAGGCUGCUACACCGGUGGCGGAGCGCAUGCAUACCGACGCCGAGUACGAUGCGCUUGUGGUCAAGCAUGCCGACGCGCUCGAGCUCAUCGCCGGCUUUGAGGCGCGGGUGGGGCGGCUUCGGGAGCUUGGAACCGAGUCGGUGGCUUCGUCGAGCACGAUGGUGGAUGCGCUCCGGAAGCAGAAUGCUGUGCUGAGCGAACUGGCACGCGACUUGCGCGAACAGCUCGAACAUGUUGUGGCGGAGUUGCAGCAGGCGACUCGCGAAUCGGCCCGCCUCCGGCGUGCGGCACUUGAGGAGCACGGACAAGCGCCUGCUGUCACGGUUGUCGCAUCGGACGAUCUGGCCGAACUGCAGAGCGAGCUGGCACGGGUUCGUGACGAGCUUGCCACCUCUCAGCAGGAGACCCGGGAAGCCAUGCUGGCGACUAUGCAAUGGCGCCUGCAGCAGAGCCAGCUGAUGGCGCAGCCUGUUGCGGAAGAGAGGGCAAGCAAGGUCGAGACGAGCGAGGGUCCUGACCGGACCACGCUGCUUGAGCACAACAAGAUUCUGGCCAGCCAGCUGCACGACCUGCAGGUGGUGUACGACCGGAUUGUGGACGAGAACGAUGAGCUGCUGAUGCGCGUCGAUGCGCUCGAGAGCAAGGAUGUGCCCGAGGUGGGCGAAGGUCCUGACCGGGCCACGCUGCUUGAGCACAACAAGAUUCUGGCCAGCCAGCUGCACGACCUGCAGGUGGUGUACGACCGGAUUGUGGACGAGAACGAUGAGCUGCUGAUGCGCGUCGAUGCGCUCGAGAGCAAGGAUGUGCCCGAGGUGGGCGAAGGUCCUGACCGGGCCACGCUGCUUGAGCACAACAAGAUUCUGGCCAGCCAACUGCACGACCUGCAGGUGGUGUACGACCGGAUUGUGGGCGAGAACGAUGAGCUGCUGAUGCGCGUCGAUGCGCUCGAGAGCAAGGAUGUGCCCGAGGUGGGCGAAGGUCCUGACCGGGCCACGCUGCUUGAGCACAACAAGAUUCUGGCCAGCCAACUGCACGACCUGCAGGUGGUGUACGACCGGAUUGUGGGCGAGAACGAUGAGCUGCUGAUGCGCGUCGAUGCACUGGAGCAAAAGCUGGCAGCGUCAACGCCGCGGUCACGACCGGAGAGUGGCGACGAGGCCCGGGAGGAUGCCGAGGCAGCGGCAGCUGCAGCACAGAACAAGGCGUUGGCGCUGCAGCUGCGGCAGCUUCUGCGCGGUCAUGUUGAGAGUCUCGAGGGAGAACUGUCGGCUGCGCGCCAGCAGCAGAGUGAGCUUGCCGGCCGUGAUGAGACUGCGUCUUCUGGGAGCCACAGCAAGAAUUUGGCGCGGCUGCAGGAGCAGAACCGCGAGCUGGCGUUGCAGCUCAAGGAGGUGCUACAGGCGCAGGUCGAGCGACUCGAGAGUGAGCUGCAAGUUGCGAGGGUGCAGCAAGCCAAGCAGGAGGAGCAGACCCGCAAAUUCCGGUCGCUGUCGGAAAACAACCACGCGUUGGUUGUGCAGAUCCGUGAGCUGCAGCAGGUCGGCGGCCGAAUCGCGAGCGAAAACGACGAUCUGCUGAAACGUAUAGCCGAGCUGGAGGCACAGCUCGAGAGUGCAAGCUCGCAAGGGAAGGAGACGCGGAGCAAGAAGCGGCGGCGGCAUCACCACCGGCGAGAGCCAGAGGCUGCAGAACCGAGUGGGCUUGAUGCCAGUGGCGCCGAGCUGGCGCGGGUUGUGGCCGAGCUGGAAAACGUCGAGGCUGAGCUGAGCGUGGCACGAAAGGAGCGCGCGGAGCUGAAGGAGCAGCGCAACGCGGCCCGGAUGCAGCGCGAUCGGGCCGAGUCUCGGCUGGCCAAGGCUGUGGCAUCGAGCAAGCGCCUGGGCGAGUUUGAGGAGCGGCUGCGGGCGAGCCAGGCCCACGCCGCAGAGCUGCGGAGCAUGGGCGCUGAAGUCGACGCCGGCGUUGCGGCGAGUGCAGGCACGAUGCAGGCGCUGCACGAGCAGAACGCGGCGCUGGUUGGUCUUGUGGCCGAUCUCCGCAACGAUCUCGAGCACAUGUCUGCCGACUUUGAACAGCGCGGUCGUGAGAAUGCCCGGCUGGUCCAGUUGAUGGUGAGUGUCGAACACGAGCGCGAGGAUCUGCGGCGCGAGCUGGCCGGUGUCGAGCAGCGGUUGCGCGAAGUCGAGGACGCGCGCCGUGCCGAGCUCAGCUCGGACGUGGCUGCCGAGGCGGCAGAUGCCGAGCGUGCGACAAGCAUGCUCGAGCGGUUGGACCGUGCGCUUGUGGCGCCUGUGGCGGCUGAGACACUGCCUCGUGUGACGAGUGUCGACGAGGUCCGUGCCGGUAUGUUGGAGUCCGAGAUGGCCGCCGAGCGGCAGGCGCGGCAGCAGGCCGAGGCGGAUGCACUGGCGGCGCGCGAGGAGACACAGAAGGUGACGCUGAGCGCGCUGGCGAUGCGGCAAGAGCACCAGAGUCAGAUGCAAGCAGAGCUCGAGCGGGCAGUGGCGCUCGAGGCCGCGCUGACGGCUGCGAAGGAGCGCGGGGGCGCGGCAGCGGCGGCAGCGGAGGCCGGUGCCGAGACUGUCAAGGUGCUCGAGGCCGAGCGGGCAACGGUCGAGGCCCGUCGGUCGGCUGCCGAGGCUGAGCGUGAGGCUGCCGUGGUCAAACAGGCUGAUGCAAUGCAGUACCUGGUGCAGUUUGAAGAGCGGCUGCGGGCGAGCCAGGCCCACGCCGCAGAGCUGCGGAGCAUGGGCGCUGAAGUCGACGCUGGUGUUGCGGCGAGUGCAGGUACGAUGCGGGCGCUGCAUGAGCAGAACGCGGCGCUGGUUGGACUUGUGGCCGAUCUCCGCAGCGACCUCCAACGGAUGUCUGCUGACUCGGAGCAGCGUGCGCGGGAGAACUCGCGGCUGAUGCGGAUGAUGCUGGAAAUGGAGCACGAGCGUGACGACCUGCGUCGAGAGGCUGCGGCAAUCGAGCGGCGCCUUGUUGCUGUCGAGGAGGCUCGCCGUGCCGAGCUCAGCUCGGACGUGGCUGCCGAAACGGAGGAUGCGGCUCGAGCUGAAGGUGUGCUUGCUCGACUCGAGCGUGCGCUGUCGGCCUCGCCUGCUGUGCUGGAAGCGGCGAGCCCGCAGCCUGAGACGGCAGCACUGCCUGCGGCGACUGUGACACCGGCUCGUGUGGAAGAGCUGGAGGCAAUGGCUGAUGAGUCAGGGCGUCUGGAAGAGGAGCUGAAAGCUGCACAGAGUGAGGUGCAGCGGGUGACGCUGCGCGCGCUGGCGAUGCGACAGGAGCACCAGGCGCAGAUGCAGACCGAGCUGGAGCGGGCGGUGACACUCGAAGCCGAGCUGGCUACUGCCCUCGAGCGGGAGGCGGCAGCGGUAGCAGCGGCUGAUGCCGGCGCCGAGGCGGUCAAGGCUAUGGAGGCCGAUCACGCGAAUGUGCUAUCGCAACUUCAGGUCUUUGACGAGCGCGUCCGUGCCAGCCAGGCGCAUGCCGCGGAGCUGAAGGCCAUGGGCGAAGAGGUCGAUGCUCAGAUUGUUGCUAGCGCCGGGACAAUGCGGGCGCUCCAUGAGCAGAACGCGGCGCUGGUGGCUCUAGUGGCUGACAUGCGCAGCGGCAUGCAAACGAUUGCGGCCGAUGCCGAGGAGAGUGCCCGUGAGCAGGCGCGCUUGGCAGCGAAGCUUGUUCGCACCGAGCAUGAGCGCGAGGAGCUGCUGCGCGAGGCCGCGGUUACUGAGCAGCGGCUGCGGGAAGUCGAAAAGGUGCGACGGGCCGAGCUGAGCUCGGACGUCGCGGCCGAGACUGCCGAUGCCGAACGAGCCGCAAGUCUGUUGGCGCAACUGGAUCGUGCGGUGGCGACGCCCGCGGCGAUCGAGACUCUAUCGCGAGCAACGAGUAUUGGCGAGGUGCGUGCCGAAAUGCUGCAUCACGAAGUUGCUGCCGAGCGCGAGGCCCGAGUGCGGGCAGAGACCAACGUGGUGGCUGCGCGGGAGGAGACGCAGCGUGCGAUGGUGAGUGCACUGGCGAUGCGGCAGGAGCACCAAGCGCAGAUGCAGGCUGAGUUGGAGCGGGCUGUGGCACUCGAGGCCGAGCUUGCGUCGGCACGCGAGCGUGAGGCCGCGUUGUUCGCGUCGAGCAGCCAGACUGUGGCAGCACUCGAGGCGCAGCGUGUGACUGCUGAAGCACAGCGGGCAACGUUUGAGGCCAAGCGGGAUGCUGCUGAGCAUGACCGCGCUAGCAUGCUGCAGCACCUGGAGCAGUUUGAGGAGCGGCUGCGUGCGAGCCAGGCACAUGCUAGUCUUCUCAAGGCGAUGGGCGAAGAGGUCGAUGCGCAGGUUAUGGCGAGUGCGGGAACAAUGCGGGUCCUGCACGAGCAGAACGAUGCAUUGGUCAAGCUGGUGACUGACCUACGAAGCGACAUGCAAAAGAUUGCUGCGGAUGCCGAGCGCAGCAGCCGCGAGCAAAAACGCACGACGAAGGAUUUGCUUAUUGUCGAGCGUGAGCGCGAGGACCUGCGGCGCGAGCUGGCCGGUGUCGAGCAGCGGCUGCGCGAAGUCGAGGACGCGCGCCGUGCCGAGCUCAGCUCGGACGUGGCUGCCGAGGCGGCAGAUGCCGAGCGUGCGACAAGCAUGCUCGAGCGGCUGGACUGUGCGCUUGUGGCGCCUGUGGCGGCUGAGACACUGCCUCGUGUGACGAGUGUCGACGAGGUCCGUGCCGGUAUGCUGGAGUCCGAGAUGGCCGCCGAGCGGCAGGCGCGACAGCAGGCCGAGGCGGAUGCGCUGGCGGCGCGCGAGGAGACACAGAAGGUGACGCUGAGCGCGCUGGCGAUGCGGCAAGAGCACCAGAGUCAGAUGCAGGCAGAGCUCGAGCGGGCGGUGGCGCUCGAGUCGGAGCUGAGCAAGCGUGCGGUGGUGGCUGAGAGCAAGGAGGUGGAGACCGCGCGGCAGCUGCGACUGCUCGAAGAGCGGCUGCGAGCGAGCCAGGCGCAUGCCGCCGAGCUCAAGGCGAUGGGCGACGAGGUCGAUGCACAGAUUGUGGCGAGCGCUGGGACGAUGCGGGCCCUGCACGCGCAGAAUGAUGCGCUUGUGGGGCUUGUGGCCGAUUUGCGUGAGCAGCUGAGGCGGGCGACGAGCGAGACGGAGCGCAUCGGGCGCGAGUACGGUCGCGUGGCGGGCGUGAUGGUGAGUGUCGAGCACGAGCGCGAGGAUCUGCGGCGCGAGCUGGCCGGUGUCGAGCAGCGGCUGCGCGAAGUCGAGGACGCGCGCCGUGCCGAGCUCAGCUCGGACGUGGCUGCCGAGGCGGCAGAUGCCGAGCGUGCGACAAGCAUGCUCGAGCGGCUGGACCGUGCGCUUGUGGCGCCUGUCGCGGCUGAGACGCUGCCUCGUGUGACGAGUGUCGACGAGGUCCGUGCCGGUAUGCUGGAGUCCGAGAUGGCCGCCGAGCGGCAGGCGCGACAGCAGGCCGAGGCGGAUGCGCUGGCGGCGCGCGAGGAGACACAGAAGGUGACGCUGAGCGCGCUGGCGAUGCGGCAAGAGCACCAGAGUCAGAUGCAAGCAGAGCUCGAGCGGGCAGUGGCGCUCGAGACCCGUGCAGGCUCAGCCGAGUCUCGGGCUGAUGAAGCGAGUGGUCGGCUGCGGGAGGUGCAGCAGCGACUUGGUGCAUCCAAUGCGCAGGCAGCUGAGCUCAAGACCAUGCAUGCAGCGGUGAAUGCUAAGGUGUCCGCCACCGCAGGCACGAUGCGGGCCCUGCAUGCGCAGAACGCCGCGCUUGUGACCCUUGUGGAUGACUUGCGGGCAGAGCUCCACGAUGCGGCUGAAGACAACGCCGAGGCUAGCCGGGCCAAUGCGAGCCUUUUGCGUGACAAGAUCCAGGUUGAGCACGAGCGCGAAGAGCUGGGCCGGGUUGUGGCGGCGAUUGACCAGCGGCUGGGUGAAGUCUAUGGCGUCGACAGUGGUGAGGCGACAGACAUUGUGACUCGACUUGAUUGUGCUCUUGCUAAGCCCGUGUCGGCCGAGAUGCUGCCGCGUGUGACAUCCGUCGACGAGGUCCGUGCCAACAUGAUGGAGCGCGACAUGGCCGAUGAGCGGCAGGCACGGCAGCAGGCCGAGGCGGCCGCUGCGGCCGCGCGUGAGGAGGCGCAGGCGGUGACGCUGAGUGCGCUGGCCAUGCGGCAGGAGCAUCAGACGCAAAUGCAAGACGAGCUGGAGCGGGCUGUGGCGCUGGAAGAAGAACUGGCGCGGCGGGUUUCCGCGGCGGAGGCACAGGCGCGUCGUGAAGCCACAGCCCAGCUUGUGAAGUUUGAGGAGCGGCUGCGGGCGAGCCAGGCACAUGCAGCCGAGCUCACUGCCAUGGGCGAAGAGGUGGACGCGAGUGUGGUGGCUACGGCGGGCACGUUGGAGGCGCUGCACAACCAGAACGCCGCCCUCAACCAGCUUGUGGGUGAGCUUCAGGCUCAGCUCUCGGUUCUGACGGCAAGCAACCGACGAGCGCAGACGGAUGCACUUGACGCGCAGCGGGCACGGAUCACGGUGGAGCACGAGCGUGACGCGCUGCGGCAGUCUGUGACAGAGGUGUUGGCAGCGUGGCGGGCGGAGCUUGCCAGCGACGUCGAGGUUGAGACUGCCGAGGCCAAGCGAGUGGAGAGUGUACAGGCUGCGCUCGACCGCGCCAUGGAUGUCUCGCGCGAUCCCGGGCCGGAGCAGACGCAGCUCGCCAAGGAGCUUGAGGCAACUCAAGCGCAGCUCCGCGAGGUGACAUUGACGGCGAUGGCCAUGCGGCAGGAGCACCAGUCGCAGAUGCAGGCCGAGAUGGAGCGAGCUGUGAGCCUGCAGGCUCAGGUGGAGACGAGCUUGCGCGCAAGCGUGACGACCGACAUCACCACCCUCGAGUCUGCACUGGCGCGGCUGGAUGCGAUUCAGGCUCGUUAUGAGGCCGCCAAGGUGCGGCUGCUGGCGCUGCAGGAGCACAACGUUUUCCUUCUUCGCGAGCUGGACGCGUCGCGGAAGCAUGCGGCAGCGUUUGAUGAGUUGAGCGCGGCGCAUGAGGCACUCGCCAACAAGCACGCCGGCGUGGAGCAGGCGGUGGUGACGCUUGUGGCUCAGCGUGAGGCGCUCGAGCAAAAGGCGUUUGCCUACGAUGCGCUGUCGAUGGCGCACAACCGCGUCCACCCGCAGAUGGAAGUUGUCAUGGCGAGCGAGUCAGGCGAGCUUGCCCUGCCACCUUUGUCGCUGGUCAAGAAGCGCGAGCCGAUGACACCGAGGACGUCCGAGACGAUGGCAAAGCUUGCAGCGCAAGUUGCACAUCUGUCUGCACUCUCGACCGAGUACGCGGAGCAGGUGACCUCGCUCCGCCAAGAGCUUGCGCACAGUGGGGGUGUUCUCGUCCGUGUCCGCGACGAGGUGCAGCGUGAGAAGCUCGAGCGGGCGCGUGAGGCGAGCGCUGGCCGGGCGCGCGAGGCGGAGCUGGCUGCAGAGCGUGACGCAGAGCGGCUUCGUAAGGAGGCCGCACUGGCGCAGCUUGCCGAGCGCGAGCGCGAGGUGGCGUCGAUGCUGACGGUGAAUCGGACAACGAGCGUGACCGAAGAGGUGCGCGUGCUGAGAACCGAGCAUGCCCAGCUGCGGGCGGAUGUUGCCAACGAGCGUGCCGAGCACCUUGACGCCGCGGUUGCGCACCAGCAAGAGCUCAGCGGAAUGUUUGCGCGCGUGCAAGAGGCUAGUGCGCGCGCUGAUGACGCGGAAAAGCGGCUCGCCGUCAGCCUCGACGAGCAGCGGCGGCUUGAGGCUGCGCAGGAUGCGCACGACAUGCGGUUGGCUGAAGUUGAGGCCGAGUUUGCGGCUUUGAGCGCUAAGAGUGGCGAUGGCAGACAGUUGGGUGCCGAACAGGAGACAGCAUCUGCUGAGGCAGCGAAGCUGGUGCAGCGCAUUGCUGUGCUACAGACACAGCUGGUAGCGACCGAGGCGCAGCUGGAAGCGUCGCAGGCAGCGCUGGCUGCUAGCAGUGGCAAGGCUGGCGGUUCCGGAGGCAAGACCAGCUUGGAGGCGCAACUUGCGACAGUGCAGGCGAAGCUGGCGGUGUCCGAAGAGGCGCGCGUUGCUGCCGAGGCGCGGGCCAAGGCCGAGGCGCGGGCUGCUCAGACUGCAACCGAAGUUGCAGUUCGGGAGGCCAGCUCGCGGGCGCCGGUGGGCGAGGCCGCUGCUGCUGCCGAGCUUGUUUCGCUGCGGCUGGAGCUGGACGCAGCACAGAGCGCGCUUGCCGAAGAGCGGGCGGAGCACGCCAAGGCCAAGGCAGCAGUUGCGACCGAACGCGAGGGUCGGCGGGCCGAUUUGGAGCGGUCAAUCCAACUGCAGCAGGCGCUUGUGGAGGCGACGGCCGAGGCGGCGAGCCGCGAGCUGGACCUCAAGACGCUGCAGCUGGAGCGGGCUGUGCUUCAGGUCGAACGUGCUGAGGCAGCACGGAACACAGAGGCGCAUGCUGCGGUCGAAGCCCAGACCAAGGCGCAGUCGAACGCGGCGCAGUGUGUCGAACUCCGGGCCGAGGUGGAGCGGCUGCAUGCUGAGCUCGGUUCUGCGCUUCAAAAGAAGCGUGUUGCUCAGCUGGAGGCUCAGCUCGAGAACGCGCACGCGGCGGCUGUGGCGGCUCAGCGGAGCGAUGACGCCGAAGUGACACGGCUGCAGGCUGAGGUGGCACGGCUGCAGGCGUCGGUAGCGGCGAACCAGCAGGGCUCGGCCACUGAUGCUGAUGAGCUCUCCCGGCUCCGGGCUGAGGUGGCUAGGCUUUGUGCGGCUGGCGGCGGGAGCGGAGGCGAGCGCGUGGCGGCCGAGGAAGACGCUGAGCUCGUGCGAUUGCGUGCUGAGGCUGCGCGCGAGAAGAAGGAGGCUGCUGCGGCCAAGGCGCGGGCCAGGAGCAUGCUUGCCACCAUUGAGACGCGUGCGGCGCGGCUCGAGGCGCAGGCCCGCGAGUUCAGUGAGAGCCAGCCGGCAGCGGAGGCGGGCGAGAUGAAGGCGCGCGCGCUGGCAAGCUCUCUGGAAGAGACCGCUGGUCAGCUGGAGGCAGUGCAGGCGCGCGCAGAGGCUGCGGUGUAUCGGGCCGAGGCGGCCGAGGCUCGGGCUGCAGCGUCCGAGGCGGCGCGGGCGGAGGCGGCGCGGGCUGCUGAUGCUGCCGAGGCCAAGGCGGCGCGUGUCGAGGCACGGCUGGCAUCGUCGCAGGAGAUGGUGGCGUCGCUGAAGGCGUGGAAUGCCGACGUUGAGGCGUCGCUGGUGACGACCCAGGCUGCGCUACAGAAACAGCUUGUCCGGGCGCGCGAGCAGGAGACGGCGCUGCGGACAGCCGGAGCUGGCGAGAGCAAGGCGGCCGCAAGCUCGCUGAAGCGAGGCAGCCCAGACCAUGUUCACUUUGACGAGGAGGCAUGGGCGCGCAAGGUGCAGCGGCUGGAGCACAAGGUGGCCGAGCUUGAGCAUGCAGUGCGCGAGGCCGAGCUUGAUGCUGACGAUGCGCGCGCCGAGGCGGACAAGGCGCGUGCGGCUGUGAAGGCGGCGGAGAAGCAGCUGCGGCUGGAGGUUGCAUCGCAUGCUGUGGCGCUGGAGGACGCGUACUCUGCUGGGCAGGAGGCGGCCGAGGCGGCGUCUGCGGCGGCGGUGGCUCGGGCGGAGGAGCGUGCUGAGGCUGCGGUACGGACGCGGGAGCUGACGCGUCGGUCGAUGGUGUUGUCGGACGCAUCGGAUAACCGGUCCGAGGGCUCGGAGGAGUCUGGCUCUGAGGACGGUGAUGCGGAGACAAGCCUGGCGCACCAGGUCUCGAUCGAGCGCGAACUGCUGCAGGUGUCGCGGCUGCGUGCCGAGGCGCACGAGCGGUACCGGCGGCAGAGCGCGGAGCUCGAGGCAUCGCAGCAGCAUGAUGCUUUGGAGGCGCUGGUUAGGGAGCGGGAUGCGGAGAUGAUGGUGUUCCGCGAGCUGGAGCUGCGUUUCCUGGAGCUGAAGGCGACGAUGGCGUCGCGGGCUGACGUGGAGAAGCACGACGCCGAGGCCAACGCCGAGGACGCGGCGAGGUGGCGUGCAGUGGUUCCGGUUCUCACGCAGCUGCGUGAGCCGCUGGCGUUUGAUGAGAGCGGGCGGCCUGUUGUCCGACACAUGGAGCUGGGUCAUCUGGCGACGCUUCUGGACGACGGGAGUGGCGACGGGCUGAGCUUUGAUCUGCCAGGCACGCUGGAUGACGCGCUUGGGCUUGUGCGUGCGCAGGAGCGGGUCAUGCGCGAUCUGCUCGAGCAUCUGUGGUGGCUCAACGCUGUGGUCGACUUUUGGGAGCUUCGCUCGCAGUCGACGACCAAGACGACAACGACAACGAGAUCGUCGAGCCGGAUGGCUGCCAGCUCGGCGAGAGAUAUGCGGUGGCGGGGUACAUCCCGUGGUGUGCAGCCAGUUGUGCAACCGGUGGCGCCCAGCGGGGGCAGCUGGCAGUCGUUCAGCUACCUGCCGAGCGGGUACACGACGACGAUGUCGUGGGUCCGACCGGCUGCUGCGCACGCCGCGACAGUCGGUCCAAUGGCGCCUGUGGUGCCGGUUCGGAUGCAGACCCAGAGGCGCACAGUCCAGUCGCCAAUGAGAGUGGAGCGCGUGGUCAUGUCGCCGAUGCGAACGCUCAGCGUGGAGCAGCAGCAGAGGGUGGCGAGUGCGGGGUCGCCGGUCCGGCGGCUGGCGUCGGUCUCGCCAGUGCGCAGCAGCGUGCCAACGAGUCUGAAUGUGUCGACGAUCAGUAGCGCAGUCGAGUACGGCUCGUUUACGACGUAUGUGAGCCGCGAGGAGCUGGGCGAUGACAUGCGGUCUGUGCGGCUGGUGUCGGAGCACUUGGAUCUCGACCCGCUGUUUGAGGUGUAG